CUUCCUCAAAGCCGACCGGCUGCUCUCGCUGCAUAACCCCUCCACGUCGUAUCCAUGUCUCCCUGAAGGGUACUUCGCAUCCCUCCCAAUGACUCGCAUGGACGAAACGGUUCUCCGAGCGCUGAUUCAGAAGAAGCAGCCGAUCGAUCCCUCGGUCGAAAACUCCUCGCAGCGUGAUAUUUUGCUGUCAAUCGUCAAGGCGAUCACGCCCAAGACGGUCAGCUCCAACUCGGGUUCGUUCUCGAUCGAUUACUGCGCUUUGCAAGUGCAGCUCCAGCUGCUCACAGAGCGAGAAAUCGUCCCCUAUCAAAUCCGAGCCGCUGAUUCGGCGAAAUUUCCGAUGAGCAACAUCUACGGACAUCAGAUGGCGAUCGUGAAUGAUCUGCGAACGGAGGAGUUCAAGCAGUACUGGAAGCAGCUGUCUCUGGCAAAGAAGCAAACGAUCACGACGGUGAGUGAGAAGGAACUGAACAUGCAGAUAAAGGAGAGUGUGUAUUGGUUUUCUCUCCGCUAUGCGAUGGAGAACUACACGAAGCUCUUCACGGAUAGCCGGAGAAUCGAGAUUGUGCGAAAUGAGAGCGGGUUUUACCUGCCUCCCGAGAUGAUCACGGAAGAGAAAAUGUCGGAAAUGAUCGAUUUCGCUGCGAUGUACGACCGGUGCGUGAUGCCUGGCUCCGCCUCCAAGCCGUCGCAGCUGUUCAACGAGUUGGAAAGCGAGGCUCUUUAUUCGUAUCAGAAGAAGCCAGAGGAGAUUGGGAUUCAUUACUGUAUUCAUCGGUUCAAAAUGUUCCUUUACUGGCUUCUAUGCAAUCAUAUGGACGAAGCGUUCCAGAUGCAUAAGAAGGAGGAAGAAGCGGAUCGAGAGGCGGCAUUGUUGCUGAAAGAGCCUGUCGACAAAGAGAAGAAGAAAACAAAGAAAAAGAAGCGGACCAAGAAAGCGACAGCGACAGCGACAGCAGCAACAGCAGCAACAGCAGCAACAACAGCAACAACAGCAACAACAGCAACAGCAGCAACAGCAGCAACAGCAGCAACAACAGCAACAACAGCAACAGCAGCAACACAAACACAAACACAAACACAGACAGGCGCAGUCGAGAAGGCAAAGGAAGAAAAAUCUUCAACUUCUGGAAAGAAUCCGAGCAACGAAAAGAAUCAAAAAGAAGAGAAGAUUGCAAAAUCUGAUUCAAUCGCAUCAUCAUCCAAGACGUCGCUUUCUCCGCAAUCCUCGUCUUUGCAGAAGAAUCUCGAGCCUGAUCCUGCGACUCUGCCUGUUCCUCCUCCCCCUCCACCUUCAUUAGAAGCUCAACGCAUCACCCGGUUGAUGUUGGGUGAUGGUGGUGAAGGAGCAACAAACGAUCGAAAAAGAAGGAAGCCGGAUGUUUCUAGACCGGCUUUCAUUUCGUUACGUCAAUUAUUGCUUCGAAAAGAUCCUUUGGAGGAAAUUUUGCGGAAUUCGGUUGCUAAAAGAAGUCCUAAUGUACUAAAGACUAAUUGA